AUGUAUCGACUUAAGAUGAGUUUACCAAAGGGUUAUUAUGUAAUAGUACAUUGCGUACUUACUGUUUGUUGUAAUUUGAAUACAUCAUCGUACGUUGUAGACAAAGUUAGCAAACGUCUGUGUAAAAGAGUCGUACGUGUAAAAGGUGUAGCCGUAUUUCUAGAAAGAGAAGAGGAAAAUAAUUACUCAGGUUUCGCAUGUAUCCAUCCAAAUAUCAUUUAUACUUUUCUGAUGGAUUGCAAAGAAAUUGACAUGGAAUGGGAAACCGGAAAGGGUAUAGGACAGGAAAGGAUGUGUAAACCAGAAGGAGAAGGAUGGGGAACGAUUGUAUCCGUUUGUUCGAGGGCACAACCGGAAGUUUCUUAUUGA